AUUAUCGCUUCUCCAGCCUAACUCACUCCUACUCUCACACAUGUACCAAUAGAUUCAUCAGAAAAUUUAACAAACUUCUUAUAUAUAUAACCUGAUUCCCAAUUCCCAACCAACUCCGAAACCCUCUCUAAAAUACUAAACCCACACUGUUUCCUCCUAAUCUCAUCCUAUCCAGUAUCCACCACCAACCAUGGCGUGGAUCAGAGGCCGCACCCUCGGCUGUGGCUCUUCUGCCACCGUCUCCUUAGCUAUGUAUCACCACUCCGGUGAGGUUUUCGCCGUGAAAUCUGCCGAGCUCUCGAGAUCGGAGUUCUUACAGAGGGAACAGGGCAUCCUUUCUCUGGUCAAGUGUCCUCAAAUAGUUGGGUACCUUGGCUGCGACUUCACAAAUGAGAAUGGUCAGCUCAUCUACAAUCUCUUCAUGGAGUAUUGCUCCGGUGGCACCCUCACUGACGCAAUUCGGCACCAAGGUGGUCGCCUGGACGAGUCUGGGAUCAAGUCUCAUACGCAAGCGAUUCUGCAGGGGUUGGAUUACCUUCACUCUCGUGGUCUCGUGCAUUGUGACAUUAAGGGUCGGAAUAUCUUGGUUGGGCAAAAUGGAACCAAAAUUGCAGACUUGGGUUGCGCGAGAUGGGUUGAAGAACAGCCUCCAGCGAUGCCGAUUGCAGGAACCCCUGUUUUCAUGGCGCCUGAAGUUGCUCGAGGUGAUGGACAGCGCUUCCCUGCCGACGUCUGGGCUCUUGGUUGUACCGUAAUUGAGAUGGCCACGGGACGUCCUCCAUGGCCGGAUAUUGCAGACCCGGUCUCUGCACUUCACCGGAUCGCAUUCUCCUCUGAUAUACCGGAGUUCCCAACUUUCCUGUCAGAGGAAGCAAAAGACUUUUUGGGGAAGUGCCUUAAGAGAGAUCCAAAGGAGCGGUGGACGGUUCAGGAGCUUCUUAAGCACCAAUUUCUCGAAGAGGGUUGCGGCGGACAUUUGAAUUUGAAGCGAAUUCAGAACUCUACCUCUGCAACUUCUCCCAUGAGCAUACUCGAUCAAGGCUUCUGGGGAUCAAUGGAGGAAUCCGAGACAGAAACAGAGACAGAAGCAGAAACAGAAACAGAAACACUAGUUCAGAUGCCCAACCAAUUUGGAUCGGGUUAUUCUUCAAAUUCUCCGUCAGAAAGAAUCCGGCGACUGAUCGGAGACAUCCCAUCUUCUUCUUCUUCAAGCCCAAGACUACCCAAUUGGGCAUGGGACGAAAAUUGGGUCACAGUCAGAAGGAACAACCACGAAGAACACGUUGUUUAUAUGGAGCAUGAUCAAACCAUGACGCCCCCAGACGAACCCGCGGAGACUAGUAGGUCCGCUUAUACAGACUUGUUUAAUGAACAACCCGUCCACUUCUCUGUGAAUAGCAGAAACUUUGGUAGUAGCAGUCAUGGAAGCUUGUGUAUAGACUGUAAAUGUGUUAGAGAUUUUGCUGUAAUUUGCAAUCCUAACUAUGAGUUUAAUGGAACAAAGAAAUUUUUACUUUCUUCAAUUUCUUUUUUAUUUUUCUUUAAACUCUCUUCAAUUUCAAUUCCUUCUUUUCACUCUUCGAUGGUUAAAGGAGGCUAAUGUUAGACAA